UCUGUGUGUAUCUACGUCAUCAACGUGCGCCAGUAGCUGCAGUAAAUAGAUGGAACGUGACCGGUUCCAGUGAAACUUUUAACUUUAGACUUUUAUUAUAUUUGAUAGUUUUGGUGCGUUCGUGUUUUCCCGCGUGGUUCCCGGUAGACUACCGGGUGUGAGUGACGUGUGAGUGAGUGGCGCUGUGUGGAGCUGCACGUGCUGCCGGUCACAUCCUACUGGUUCUACUGGUUCACUCGUUCACAGGGAAGAUGCCACGAGGAGGUUUACCUGACAGGUGGUUGGAUUAUAGGUCUGUUGGGAAGCGACUGGUCGGGACGCGUUUCAUCGCCUUCAAGGUUCCUCUGAAGCAGGCUCUGAACCGCCCGCUCUCCCCCUCGGACGCGUUCGGCCCCUGGGACCUGAUGGAGAAGCUGAGGCUCGACCACCAGGAGCUCGGUCUGAUCAUCGAUCUGACUUACACCACCCGGUACUACACCCUGCAGGACAUGCCGAAUUGGCUGCUGUUAGUGAAGAUCUUCACACGUGGUCAUGAGAUUCCCAGUGACGCAACUAUCCUGAGCUUCAAGCGCACAGUUCGCAGGUUUCUACGAGAAAACGCAAACAACGACAAACUGAUCGGAGUCCACUGCACCCACGGCCUGAAUCGCACCGGCUACCUGAUCUGCAGGUAUCUGAUCGACGUGGAGGGGAUGGAUCCUGAACACGCCAUCCACUUGUUCAACUUGUCACGGGGUCACGAUAUAGAGAGAGAGAACUAUCUGAGCGAUCUGCAGUAUGGACCCAAGAGGAGUAACCGGGGGAUUGACGAGUUUGAGACGGAGCCGCAGAGGGGAGGAGCCACACAUCGACCAUGUGACGCGGCACCCGACUCUUACGACAGAGAGGACAGACGAGCCCCCGGUGGUGACUCCUGGGACUACAGAUCUUCUUCCAGAGGAUUAAGCCACCGCCCACAUCAUCGCCCCCCCCAAGACACCCCUAGGCCCGACUCGAGGUUCCGCCCACAGCAGAUCCACUCGCAGCCUCGUUAUCAUCAACAGACACGAGCCCCGCCCCCGCAACAUCAACAGACACGAGUCCCGCCCCCGCAACAUCGACAGACACGAGCCCCGCCCCCGCAACAUCGACGGACACCCCCUCCUCCCAGCCGUCAGUGGAGGGGACCCCCCCGCCGGGAGGAGAGCUGGUUACGACCCGACCAACCUGAUCCGCGGUGGAGACAGGGCCAGCAGCCUCGCCCCGCCUCCCGCUACGUCCCCCGCUGGAGCGACCAGACCAACAUGGACUGACCGGACACGCCCCCUGGUCUGAUCACAUGAUCACAGAACGUCUCAAACAGAUUUUUAUAUUUUCUCGCCGAAAUGACAACGUCUCAUUUGGGUCGUUGGAGUUUUCAUUUAUUCUUAAAAAAUUUGUUUUAGCUUAAAAUGUAUUUGAGAGGCUGCAGCUCAUUUACAUGUUGAGGUUUUUAAUUGUUUUUUAAAUUGGAAUUCAAGCUCACGUUCAGAAUUAACCGUUUCCUGCUCGGGCUCUCGUGCUGAUGUAGCAUGUUAGCUAACGAUGCUAAAGAGAAGAACACAACAAAUAAACUCCAACAGACGAACACAACCCGGGUUCACCAGCCCCCCCCCCCCCGAAACGCUGGAUAUUACCCAUGAUCCUCUGCUUCCUGAAUGAAUCCACCAAACUGUUCAGAAUUCUUCAUGUUUUUAAAGUUUCCUGGUUUUUAACGAGUUUUAACUGAUCGACAGUUCAGCUUCACUGUGAUUGGCUGCGGACCAGCGAUGUGAUUGGUUGAGAGUGUUCACUGCUGCUGCUUCGACGUGCUGAAGCUAACGAGGCUCCAUCAGCUCGGAUCUGUGCCUUCUUCAAACUGACCUGCAGUUAAAUGUCGGGCAGAAAAAAUUAUGAAACAGAUUUUUUUAUUUUUCGUCUAAUGCGAUUUUUCUAGGUUUGUAUUUAUCUGUAAUUAAGUCUGUGACUAACGCUCGUCUUCAUCGUUGAUUAUUGCUUCAGUGAAUCAAGGAAAAGUUACUGGAAUCGAACACGUGCACGUCGCCGGGUUCCACCCUCAGUUCAUGCUCAUAAAAGACGCAGCAGAUAUUUACACGUGGAACCAGAGAAAAGUUUUUCAGGCAAAACAAAAUCAAAUCAAGUUUUCUGUUGAUCGACUAGACGAUUAUAAAACUGAUGAUAUAAUAACUCAUCAUGGAAACUGAUGUUUGUAUAAAUGUCAGCAAAAAACAUUUGAAAGAUUGUUUGAGAUGGAACAUUUUGACAUAAAAAUUAUACCA